AUGGCGGGCUACGUUGCUGGCCAAGUGAUUAGCCUGCCGGACGGCCGACGCGCCAUCAUUCGUUUUGUUGGAGCAACGCAUUUCGCCCCUGGAGAAUGGAUAGGGGUCGAGUUGGAAGAGCCAACGGGGAAAAAUAACGGAGCUGUGCAGGGAGAGCGGUACUUCGAUUGCGAACAGAACUAUGGAAUGUUUAUUCGUCCCACCGCCGUUACUGCAGUUCUCGAGCAGCCACCUAGAAAAGAAGAUGUGCGGCCCGGGCCAAAAGCUGCGCAACAGGAGCUUAGGGGCCGGGCUUCCAGCACGACCGGAGGCAGUACCAUCGGGGCUAGAAGGCAGAGUGUACUAUCUACAGCGGCAGCGAAACGACAGAGCUCGAAUACUAGUAGUCCGUCACCCGCCUCUAAGGCUGCACUUCAAAGUCGCUCAUUGCGAUCACCGACAAAGUCCCCUGUAAAGCAACUAUCAGAAAGAUCGGCUACUCUGUCGCGCGCGGUUACCUCGACGUCCAAGCCCCCUCUUACCACUCCCAGAGGUAAGCCAAGUUUAUCGAACCGUGCGUCGAUGCCUCCGCCUUCUUCCGCGUCCGCUGGUUUGAAAGGAUCGCGACAAUCAGCAUUAGCGACUCCCAACAGGCUAUCCAAGCUCGGACUCCAGGCCCGUUCAACCGCCGCAUCCCCUGCAAGACGAGUUUCCCUGAGACCAACAGGAGCAAAAUCGUCAACUCCCGAGAGCUCCCGGAGCUCUCCAAGCGAACGUAACGAAGGUUCUGUGAAAAUCGACUCUUCGUAUCUCAAUACACAGCAUGAGCCUUCUCAAUCACCAGGCGCGUCGCCGCUCUCCCUAUCCCCCAGCGCACAUCGCCGGUCCAUCUCCAACAGCAGCUCAGUCGCUAAGGAGCUUGAAGACUUAAAGGCCAAACUACGAGUUAUGGAAAAGAAGCGCACAGAGGAUCGGGAGAAAAUGAAAGCGCUCGAGACAAUACAAGCUGAAAAGGAAAAAUAUGAAGGAAUUAUUCAAAAACUGCAAGCGAAAUACCAGCCUCAACAGCAGGAAAUUGCACACCUCCGCAGACAAUUGAAGGAAGCCGAAGCAAGAGUUGAAGAUGUUGAAAGACUUCAGGCUGAACAUGAUUCGAUCCUGGAGAUGGCUGCUUUGGAUCGAGAAAUGGCCGAGGAAGUGGCCGAGGCCAUAAAAGCGGAAUAUGAGGCUUUGAAGCUUAAAGCUGAGGAACUGGAGUUGGAAGUAGAAGUUCUGAGAGAAGAAAACCAGGAAUUAGGCCAAAUAACAAGCCCAGAAGAAAAAUCCAGCCAAGGAUGGCUACAAAUGGAGAGAACAAACGAGAGGCUACGUGAAGCUCUGAUACGACUUCGGGAUGUGACUCAGCAGCAAGAAUCAGAUCUGAAGAGUCAGAUUAAAGAGUUGGAAGAAGAUUUGGAAGGUUUCAAUGCGCUAAAGGCAAAGUACGAAAGCACAAGGGAGCAGUUGAUGGUCACGGAAUCGAAUAUGGAAGAAUUGAAGCAGCAGAUAGAAGCUCUUGGUGCUGAAGAAAUGAUCGAGGAGCUCUCGGAGAAGAAUAUGCAGUACCAAGAGCAAAUCAGCGAGUUAAAGGCUGCAAUAGAUGACCUGGAAAAUCUGAAAGAAUUGAGUGAUGAGCUCGAAAUCACUCACGUGGAGACGGAAAAACAACUUCAGGAUGAACUUGAUUACCGCGACAGCAUCCAUCACGAGCAAAACCGCAAAAUCGCCCAUCAAGACGAGGUCAUUGAGGAUCUAGAGUACACAUUGUCCAAAUUUAGAGAACUGGUAACCAACCUCCAAAGUGACCUGGAAGAUAUGCGCGUUUCUCAGCAAAUUUCGGAGACGGAGGCGAACGAUUUGUCUGUUCGUUCAAGAGCGAUGUUGGACUUGAAUAUGAAACUUCAGGCUUCCGCCGCCAAAACGCAGGUGAAGACGAUUGACCUUGAGCUUGGUCGGAUGGAGGCCGAAGAAUCAGCCCAGCAUCUAGCCAUCAUGAAAGAAUAUCUGCCAGACUACUUUGAGUCUGAAAGGAGCCCCGUUUUAGCUCUUCUUCGUUUUAAAAGGGUUGGCUUCAAGGCUUCACUAAUGAGCAAUAUUGUACGUGAGAGAUUAGCAGAUCUUUCCUCGGCUAGCUCAUUGGAACUGGACAGUUUUGUUCCAUAUGAUCUUCUUGAGAAGCUCACAUGGAUAUCCCUUUUGUGCGACCGAUUUGUAAAUUUCGCGCAGAGUUGUUCAGCUGAGAAUUUUGCAAAGCUUGAAGGCGCACUCUAUGAGCUCGAUCCUGUUGAGCGUAUCAUGAAUGCUUCCAUUGAGAGCUUGAAGAAGAGCGAAUUGAAUGAGAAAAGAUGUGCGGAAGAACUUCAGCGCUCCGUUGCGCUGCUUUCUCACCUUGCCGAGUCCCUCAUUUCUUCACAUACUGCCGCCUGUGCGGACGAGCUCUAUAUGCGAUGUGUUCUUACGCAGACAUACAUGGAAACUGCGGCCUCAUCCAUGUCCCAUUUAAAGCUGGCACUGCAGACAAAGUUGACCGUCAAUGAAGGCGACAAGGAAGGGCCAUUUUUAUUUCAAAAGAUCGAUGCUAUCGCCGGGCAAGCAAGGGGUUCUAAAGUCGUUGCGGGGAAAAUCACUCGCUCACUUGAUGAAUUGAGGUUAAGUUCACUGUCUUUACCGGAAGCAUCUGCGGAGCUUUUUGAGAAGACAGAGGAAGCCGCAAAGGAAAUAUCUGAAAUUGCAAGAUUAUUGGGAGAGAAUAUACUCCCAAUUAUUACUGAAGAGGGCCGCGCGGAACCUUUUACAUACGCAGAGAUUGCUAAUUCCAUGACUCAAACUGUUGCCACUGUUUGUCAACCGUCUACGCCUCAGUCGGACAUUAACGAUGCUCUUUCUUUCCUUGCAAACAAAAUCCGAUCACUCGGAACCUAUCUAGAGGAAGCUGGCUCCGCCUCUUCGGAUCUAUCCCAGACCAUUGAAUUCGAGCGCCAUGCAGCACCGUGGAUAUCGCGUGCCAAAGAACUAAAAUCUAGCCAAACUGUGUCGCCGGAUACCGAAGAGGAGGUUCGUCGCCUGAGAAACGAGCUCAAUGAAGCGUCUAAAGUACUAGGUCUCAAAGAUAAGGGUUUUGAAGAACAAACACUGAAGAUUGAGCUCUUGGAGUCUCGAAUGCGCGAAGCCGGAAAGAAAGCCGGAUUAGUGAAAGAGUUGGAGUCCAAACUCGAAGCCGCGCAUUCUAAAGAAGCGGAAUUACUAGAUAUUAUGGACCGACAGGCGAGAGAAAUCCAAAACGCUGAAAAAGAGCGCGACGAGUACAGGAGCAAGUUGGAGAAAUUGAAACGGGUUUCUGGCUCGGACGGAAGCUCGGCUGGCCCAGACGGAAUGGUACCUGCCAAUGCUGCUGCAUCCCUAUUUGUCAUGCGGGAGAACGAUGCUCUCCGUGCAGAAGUGGCAAGCCUCCAAGCCGCGGUCCGCUUCCUCCGUGACGAUAAUCGACGAGCGCGCCUCCUCGACCCUUACUCGGUCCAAAGAGCAAACCAUCUUCAAUCCUGGCUUGACACGCCCCUCGUCCGCUCAAAGGUGCACAUCAAAAUGAGUCUGUUGAGCGUUUAA